CACCCGAACGCUGCCAAUUCUGUCAGUAGCCUUCCUCAGGAGUAGUUGAUAUUUAAAGUUGUGUUUAAGUUAAAGUUACGCCUGCCCAAGAAAGCAGCACGUUUUUCAAUUUCCGCGACGUCGCGCUAAAGUGUUUUCCCGACCCUUUUCUUCCCGUAUUUUUUUCCUUCCCACACCCACCCAUAUUUAAAAAGCUUUCGCUUUCCUGUGAACGCGCCAAAACACCUGAAAAGUCCUCCUAAAACGGUGCAGAUAAUUUUUUACCAAAACCGAUUUGCACGUUCUCACGGGACGUGCGCUUCAUCUUGCGUUUUUUUUCACAUCGAAAGAAGAGUGUGUGGUGAGAGUGUGGUGUUGUGAGCCAGAAAGCAGCAGCAGCAGCACACGCCUUUCGCUUUCUUUCGGCGGUGUGUUAUAAAAAAGGACCAGAUUUUAAACUGUUUUUUUAAUAAUCUCGUAAAGAAGUAGUAUAGCGAAAGAGAAAAGAGAGUUGAAAAAGAACUAAAACACAGGGCAACAAGAAGCCAUAUUUCGGAGUUGCGCCAUUUUGUAUUAAAAAUUGCGAUCGCAGCACGCGCAGAGUUCGUUCAACUUGCUCUACUCCUGCGCCCCAGUACAAAGCGCGCGCGCGUGUGUGUGUACGUGUUUGGAGUUGCGUAGGGCAACGAGUAUUAGAAGGAAGACUUGCUGCCCAUUACAAGGUACGCUCUACCCCACACCACUACUACAGCAACAGAAGGCACAUCAAGUGGACACAAAGCGCGCCCUAUACAUACACGCAACACGGGUAUGAUGAAAUUCGUAAAUUCGGACACGACGACCAAGUCGUUGCGGCACGGUGAACAAUAUGAAAAUUGUUCAGAGAUGCUUAUCGAACCAGAUAUGACAUCGCUCGAAGAGCUGGAUCCGGCUAUCCUGAGCUGCGGCCUGCCCGCCAUCGUACUGAACGCGGAGGAUUCGGCGGCAUCAGCGUCGGCGGUGGCUGUGCCAACAACGACAACAACGACGAUGACGACGAGAAGGACGAUGCGGCCGUCGCUGAUGGCCUCGUUCGCCACUGUUGGUGCCGGCGCGAACGUGAUCCGCUACACGGUGGCCCAUCUGCUGGCGCUCCGGAAGAGUCCGUUCGCGCAUCGGCGCCCGGCCGCUAUCGAUGAGCCGCGCACGGCCCAAUAUCCGAUCUGGAGCCGUACCGGCUUUAACCACCAGCCGGACCGGGUGCGCCGGGUAAGCGGGGGUGGUGGUGGCGGCGGCGGCGACGAGGAUCUGAGCGGUGCGUACGGUCGGAAAGGGAACGAUCGUCAACGCGACAAUGGCUACAAUCCGCCAAGAUUUCGACGUAAUCAUGAGUUUAGCAACCGGAACCAUCACGUGAUCGUGAAGAGCUACAGUGGCGCUGCGGGGGGCGAUCCCUGCACCGGUGGAGGCCAUCCGCUGGGCGGUGGUGGUGGUGGUGUUGGUGGUGCGAUGCGUCUGCAGGACACGAUCAUCGAGGAGGAACCGGAAUGGGUGGCGGCCGGUCCCACCUCCCGUCUCGAUACGAUCGAGCUGCGCGGGUUCGACGAGGACAUGAGCCGCAACGUGGCGGAAUCGCUCAAGACGUCGCCGGUCGGUGUGAAGACGCGCGGCGCCUUCUUCGACGAGCUGCUGCACUACGAACACGUGCAUCCGAAGCACGGCGGCGGUGCCAAGCACGAUCUGUCCGGCGGUCCGGGUGACGGGGAGAGUGUCGUAUCGCACUCGAACAAUGGGUCACCACCGCCGGCACGCAGCACACCGACGAAGGGUGAUAUGAACAACAACAGCAUGGUGGGACAUGGUGCCCACGGCCGGAAGGCAUCCGGGGGCGGCAGCAGCGGUGCAGCAGGAUGUUCCUCCUCCGGUGUGAACGUUUCCAACUUUGAGGAGCUGAUGAAGUUCGACUCGAUCCUGGGCGAUUCGGGCGACUCGAACAGCAGCUCCCGGUUCAGCAAAUACUAUCGCCGAGGAAGCGGCGUUUCGGCCGGAUCGUCCGGUGCGGGAGGACAUCACUACCAGCAUCACUAUCCCGGACAGCAGCAGCAGCAGCAGCAGCAGCAUCAUCACGUUCGUUUCGCACUGGAACGGAACACCCAUCACUACAACAACGGACAUCAGCAGCAGCAGCACCGGCAGGCCGGUUCGGGUCGUUUACCGCUGUCGGCCCUCCAGCAUCCACCCGCCGGGACGGGCGAACCGUUCUUCCCGGGUGGCGCGUCAUCCACCGCACCGAACGCUGGCGAUGCAAAGUCCUUCCAGCGGCUGCUGGAAAUGCUGGCCGCCCAGAACCAGCGCAUGAACCAACAGCACCAGCAGCAGUACCUGCUGCAGCUGCUGCAAAACUGCCAGGAGACGGAAACGCUGCGCCAGAUGCUGAUGAAGAAGUGUACGCUCGACAAUGCGGGACAGCAGCGCAUACCGACGCAGGCCGAGCUGCAGCAGCACACGCAAUCGAUCAUGAAGCAGGCGCUGCUGCGCAAGAAGAUUGCCGAGCAGAGCCGGUACCUGCUGGAGCAGCAGCAGCAGAACGGGCAGGAACCGAUCCCGGCUGUACAGCAGCUGAUACAAUCGAUCUGCCCGAAUGUGCAGCGCAGCCUGUCCGUGCUGGCGGCGGGCAGCGGAUCCGGGCAGCAUGGCACUGGAGCGGUCGAACAUCAGGCCGCUGCUGCUGGUGGUGGUAGAAGCGAUCCGGGGGCAGUUGGUGGUGGCGCUGUUUAUGCAGGCGGCAAUCGGGCACCGAUGAGAGCCCCCCACAGACGUUUCUAACGUUCUUAGCGUGUGGCGUGUGUUUUGCAAAUGGUUUUUCCUAUCCUCUUUCCUGCUCGGGAAGAGAUAUUUUGCAUUUGAAUUUUAUAUCAUUUUCAUUCGAUUUCAUUUCAUUUCCUUCACACAGACACACUAACACGCACAUUCAAGCAAAAGGCAUACAUGCUAUUUCAUUUAAUUUUUCGAUCGUUGAAUUAAUGCUUCUUUUAUGCAGUAUAAUACUUCAUUUACUCCUCUCACAUUGCUUGUCCUUUGUAUUGUGUGUGUGUGUUGGGUGCAGUGUGAUUUGUGUGUGUAUGUACUGAAACCCAGUCUGGGGAAAAAAGAUCACGUUUUCACGCCGUUUCCCACCAUGUUUUGUGGAGGAAAACAGCUCCGGUUGCUUAAGUAUUGCUUCGUGCAUUGCAUAAGGACUAAUUUCGCCGAGUUGUCCGAUAAUUAUUAAGAGUGCAAGGGAAAACGAGGAAACUAUUGUGACCCAGCCAGUUAAACAAUUUAUAUAUGAUAACCGAGACGCGCCUUUGUUACAAACAAAACACGCUACAAAUGUCGUCGCCCAGUGCGUGGGCCGGGGUCCCGCUUAUCGAUCGCCUACCACCGGGUUCCGGGUGCAAUAUUUUAAUGUAUUAUUUUUCACUGUCUUACCUAUUAUUUCUAUUCUUCGACAUUCGGUUCGGGCAACCGGCUGCUGGUUAGGCAGAGAACCCCCUGUCAAUAUAUAGAAUCCAUUAUUGUUCCUUCCUUUAAUCGCA